UAGAACAGAGUGUGUGCAUGUUUAUGUGUCUGUGCCCGCGAGUUUGUUGGAAUUAAAAUUAAAUUAUAGCGUUAAAAAUUAACAUAGAAUUUUGAAGUCAUCAUUAGUGCGACAAUCAUCAAACGGAAGGCAAUUUAUAUUUAUGAAUGUGGAUAAUAAUGUUUUAGCAUAAAGCCAGACAAAAUAAAUAUACUAUAUAAGUACCUCAUGCAUGCAUCUUGUUGUGGAUCAUCAUUACUAUUGUUAACGGUGAACGACUGUCUCUUGUGUCUAAGAUAUAAGAAGCAUUAAGGAUUACCAUUCCUACCAACCCCUCCACAAUAAUUGAUUUUGUUUCCUUUCAACUUUAUAUCCUAACGUGAUGAAUGAAGAACGUACACUUAGACAAAAACUACUCUUCUAUACGACUGCUUUCUUCGUGCUUUUGGGUACAUUUAGUUUAUUCUCAUUCCUUUUUCUCGUACCAUUUGUUAUUGAGCCAGCGUUUCAAACAAUUUUUAUGGAAUUCGAUGAAAAUCGAGCUCAAUGCUUUACCGAUGAAGCAAUAGUAAGAGCCGGAACGAAGAAUUGUACGUGGACUUCGUGUCGUGAGGGCUGUACACGUGAUGUUUAUCAAUGCACGCAAAUUUAUGUAAACUAUAAAAUUUUUCCAAAUGGAACUAAUCCGUACAACGAAACUGUUAUGGAUCCAAAGACACCGCCCGAUCUGAAAAAGAAGGAUCAUCGACGACGACGACGUUCAGCACACGAUUAUGAGUAUGUUGAUGGCAAUGAGAGUCCAAAUGAAAUGGAUGAAUCGGGUGAUACAGGCGGUUCGAUUGAUUAUGGCGAACCUACCGAAGGUCUAAUGCCCAAUACCUCUGAAUAUUAUUAUAGACGAGCUCGCCUUUAUCCAAAUGUUAAAGGCUGCGGAUAUCCACCAUUUUUAAAUUGUACUGUUUGGAAUAGAUAUUACCAAAACGAGGGAUCAAACUUUUCAUGCUUUUACUCGAAAGUUGAUCCACGUUUAGUUGUUUCACAUUUAGAUAUGAGCAAAAAUACGCUUCACUUAGUACUUGCUAUGGCAAUACCAAUUCCGUCAUUCAUCAUUUCCGUUAUAUAUUUAACAUUCGCUUACUUUAAAAUUUAUAAUGAGGAUGAGGAAAAUGAACCGUUGGAUAAGAAUGCUGAGGAAAUUGCUGAUGAUGAUAUAAUCGAAGAAGGAAAUCCAGGAAUUGACGUGAAUGAGGAUGAUACCGAAACAAGUAUAAAUAAGGAGAGCACAGAGAAUGGACAAAUUCCAAAUGGCAAUUCCCUCACUCCAAAUUCAGCAGCGGAAGCAAACUCAUUUGGUCAUCAGCUUAAAGUUAAGAUGGCUGAUGAAAUGUCAAGAGAAAGUUUAGAAGGAGGCCUUAUAUUAUCUCAUUCCGAGUCAAAUCAAGGCAAUAUGGCAAAGACAAUGUUGACAAGCAUAACAUCGCCACAAGGAUCGAUCGCUGCAGUAUAAUUCAUUAAAAAAAUGCUGAAUUGAAAUUGAGCGCGUACUGAGUACAUAAAAAAAUAUUUUUUUCCUUCUUUUGCAAGUCGCAUCUCGUCAUAUAGCAUGUAUGUGAAUGAGAGUAUUUAAAAGGACUGGCGUAUUCUAAGACGUGUAGCUACAAUUAAGGAUUUAAAAUUCGAGAAAGAAGAAAAAAAAAUCGUUUAAAAAGCAGCAAUGAAGCUUCGACAGCAUGUCCUUUUUGACAAACAUUUUAGUAAAUAUUAGAUCGUAAGCGUGCAAAUAAAAGCAACUACAUACAUUAAUUAAUAUAAAG